AUGAAGCUCGGGUGGGACCUGACCACCGGGCUCGACCGGUACCUGACGACGUGGCGGAGCCCCGGCGACCCGUCCCCGGGCGACUACACGUUCGGGUUCGACCUCCGUGGCGUCCCCGAGGGGUUCAUACGGCGCGACGGCACGGCGCCCGUGUACCGGAACGGGCCGUGGAACGGGCUGCAGUUCAGCGGCGAGCCGGAGAUGGAGCCCAACAACAGCAACUUCCAGUUCGAGUUCGUCGACAACGCCAGCGACUCGAGCGUGCAGCGCUACGUGUGGCCGCCGGGCGGGCAGGGGUGGAGCCUCUACUGGUCGCUGCCGCGGGACCAGUGCGACAGCUACGGGCACUGCGGCGCCUUCGGCGUCUGCGACACCAGCAGCGGGUCCGCGGCGUGCGCCUGCGUGCGCGGGUUCACGCCGGCGUCGCCGCGGGACUGGGAGCUCAGGGACAGCUCCGCCGGGUGCAGGCGCGUCACGCCGCUCAACUGCACCGGGGACGGCUUCCUGCAGCUGCGCGGCGUCAAGCUGCCGGACACGACCAACGCGACGGAGGACGCGGCCAUCACCGUCGACCAGUGCCGGCAGAGGUGCCUCGCCAACUGCUCCUGCAUGGCCUACGCGGCCUCCAACAUCAAGGGCGGCGACAGCGGCUGCAUCAUCUGGAACUCGCUGCUCAUUGACAUCAGGCAUUUCCAUUCCGGUGGCCAGGAUCUGUUCGUUCGCCUCGCGGCAUCUGAUCUGCCCUCCAAUGGAGACGGUUCCAGGAAGAAGAACACAGUCAUCGCCGUUCUCGUAAGCUUAUCGGCCAUUCUCCUUUUCGGCUUCGCCGGAUUCUUCAUCUGGAACAGGCUUUUCAGAAACAAAGGGAGGUUUCAGAGCGCGCAGAGGUUCAACUCGUUUGACUCCAGCGUCCCUCUUACUCCGGUCCAACUCCAAGACAGGAGCAAGGGCAAGGAGGACGAAGCCGGUCAGAGCAGCGACCUGAACGUCACGCUCUUUGACAUGGACGCCAUAGCUUUCUCCACUGAUAACUUCGCGGCGUGGAACAAGCUCGGAGAAGGCGGCUUCGGCCCGGUGUACAAGGUAGGUGGCAAGAACAGGCAGAUCAUGCAUGUAACAUGUGCAAAUUGCGGGUACAUGUCUCCGGAGUACGCCAUGGACGGCGUCUUCUCGGUGAAGUCCGACGUGUUCAGCUUCGGCGUGCUGGUGCUGGAGAUCGUCAGCGGCAGGAAGAACCGGGGCAUGUACAGCAGCGGCGAGCAGACGAGCCUCCUGAGCCAGGCGUGGAAGCUGUGGAGGGAAGGCAACGCGCUGGCGCUGCUGGACGAGGCGGUGGCACGCGCCGGCACGCACCGGACCUCCGAGGUGCUGCGCUGCGUGCAGGUGGCGCUGCUGUGCGUGCAGGAGCGGCCCGACGACCGGCCGCACAUGGCUGCUGUGUUCCUGGCGCUCGGCAACCCGGGCGCGGUGCUCCCGCAGCCCAGGCACCCGGGCUACUGCACCGACCGGGGCUCCGCGUCCACCUACGGCGAGUGGUCGUCAACCGGCACCGUCAACGACGUCACCGUCACCAUCAUGGAAGGACGGUGA